AAAAUGCACGAACAGCUCCACCAUGUAUAAAAGCAAGCACGUUGCUAGUAUUUUUGACUAGACACUUCUUAGAGAAAUAUGGCCACUUGUCUUCAAAGGAUCUUCAUUGCUGGAUUAGUCGUUGCUGCAAGCACUCAAGCAGCAGCUGCUCCAGUUACAGUUAGUUCUGCCGCUAACACUAUCCUUGAAGUCAACACAAACUUGAGCGUAGAUGUUUUUGAAACAGAUAUUUUGCUGACUGACACACAAAAAGAAGUACUUCUCAAAGCUAGUGCAGCUCAUCGUAAUAGUCAAAACUCAAUCGGUGACCAAGGAGCUUCAGCUAUUGAAACUGAUGUAUGGCCUAACAGCAUCAUCCCAUUAAUGAUUGAUAGCGACGUUGACAAAGAUAAAAUCUGGAAAGCAGCCGAGUAUUGGGAGGAAUAUACCUGCUUGAAGUUUGUUACUAGGACAACUGAAACUGACUAUGUUCGCAUACUAGGAUAUGGAGGGUGCAGGAGUCACGUUGGAAGGAUUUUUGGAGAACAGAAAAUGUAUUUUUCCUCUUACUGUGACAUUGGGACUGCCAUCCAUGAGCUGGGCCAUGUGAUUGGUUUCUGGCACGAGCAGUCACGAACAGACAGGGACUCAUACGUGACCAUUCUAUGGGAGAACAUCAAGAUAGGAAAAGAGACACAGUUUCAGAAAUACUCUCACUCCCUCAUUGACUCACUGGGCAUAGAGUAUGACUAUGACAGUGUGAUGCAUUACUCAGUUUUUUCUUGUAGUAGUAAUGGAAAGCCAACUGUUAUGCCUGUCCAAAAUGGGGUCUCUAUUGGACAGCGCGAGAAGCCAAGCGACCUUGACAUUGUACAAGCUAACUUGAUGUACUCUUGUAACUUAGUCUCACCUAUCAAUUCUUCCAUUGAUACUUCUGAUACUGAAGAAGUUCCCAAUAACAAAGAAGAAGAGCAUAGUCCAAUUUCAUCAAAUUCUUUUGAUAUCUUCAUGAUCCAGCACGUUGCUUCUGGUCAGUGUCUAACAGUUCAGCUGGUGGAACAUGGCUAUAAACUGAAUGACCCAUUUAACACUGAGUAUGAAGCAACCUUUGGAACUUGCAACUAUCGCAUUUGGGCCAGUAAAUGGAUGUGGGACACUAAGGGUCACAUUGUUCAUGCUGCAACCAAACUUUGUCUCUCUUCAAAAAAAAACAGAGCAGAUUUAGUCCUUAGAAGCUGUAAAGCAAAAACCUGGAGGAUAAACUGGUUCUGUGAUAAAUACUUGAUUGUGCAGCCAGAGUCUGGCUAUUGCUUACUCAGUAAAGGGAAGGAUAAGAAUAAUAGGGUCAUCAUUUCACACUCACUGGAGAAAGAGCUGUCAGAAAUGCUUAGGAGACCCAGAGAUAUUGAUAUCAUAAGCCCACCUCUGGCUGGUUUGGAUCGAUGCAGUCAGGACAAAUAUCGACAAAAGUUUGUCCUAUACAAUACUAGCAACCCAAUUUGUAGCUCAUUCCCUUUGCUUGAGGUACCAUUCUGCUACACUGAUAACAACACUAAUGAAGAAGGAUGGAUAAGAUGCAAGAAAAAUGGAUAUUAUGUAUCCGGAUUCGCAUUUAAAUCUCACGGCUCUCCUUUUAUCAAUGGUCUUGUAUGCUGCAUGUCUCCUCUCCCUAGAAGAGAGAGAGGAGACAAUUCAAGCUUAUAUCCGCUAGCUGAAGCAACCAAAUGUUAUCAAAGGAACUGGUGGACAAGUUAUGCUGCAAGCCAAUUCCAAUGUCACCACGGGGAGUUCUUGAAUGGGAUCCGAUUCAUUGGUCUCUCUGUCCAGAGAGGCGAAUGCUGCAGUCUGGAGGGAAAGAAGAUUAAAAAUGGCUACAACCAGUGCAAGAAGGAGAAUGGUGUUACUGAUCAUUUGAUCUGCAGUGGGGGAAAGGAGCAAGGGAGGAAGAGGAAAGGCAUCCAUGUUACUGGCUAUCGCUACAGUAGUGUCAUGUGCAAUUCUGGGCAGUGUCUGAAAGAGAUUGAGUGCUGCAGUUAGUUCUUAAAGAAGACAAGAAGUAGCUCAAUAGGAGGCUGUUAGAACUAUUAGACUUAGCAUUAGAACAUAGGUAUACUACAUAGUAUCUAUGAUUAGAGCAUUCAUUUAGCAAUUAGAUUUUA